UUUCAUAGUGUUCCAUGGCUUUCAAUUGUUUUGUCUAAAUGUUUUUCAUCGAGCAAAAUAUUUAAUCUUCUAUAAAGUCAAAAUUUUUCCACCUUAUCCGUUUUUAUUGCACGAAAAACCAAUAUUACGAGUAAUGAACACGUAUUGGAUUUGUUCCGAAUUUAUUCGCUAGGAUCAUUCAUUGUCAUCACUUUCACUUUUCACACGAUUUGCUAUAAUAGUGGUUUUAGUGUGCAUCGAGGCGCUGUCGCCAUGGAUGACACCAUGUCGACCCUAACGAAAAUGACCCGCACGGUUAAAAAACUGGAGGUGCCCAGACCCCUGAAAUCGACGACCAGUUCUGCACACAACCGCAACUCUGUGUUGGACGUCAAAAUAAACUCUGAUGAAAGAGUCGAUGACCUCAUAGUGUUGACAGAAGCGGUGGCGUACCAAAUGAUGCAGGGUAAUUAUGACCGUGCGCUUCAAAGUAAUGUGGCCACCAUGUACUCUAAUCUGAAACUUUAUGGCGCUCAGCUCGAGGCCCUUUACAAGGACUUUCUUGAUAGAUACUUUGUUGUGUUCCGCAACGGUUCGCAGGACGAACGAUUGGAUAAGAAAACUAGACUUCAUCUUCUUGAGCUGAUUGAGCUGCGCGCCAAACUCUGGCAGGGCUCCGACUACAUGAGUCAAUAUUAUAGACACCGUGGCACCCAUGCUGAGCCACUACUGGUGCCGACGAUGGAGGGGUCGGGUUCGGGCGGCUCGGUGUCCCCUACGCUGGCUGCGCCCGCCGAGCCGCCCUCUCUUCUCGGCCCCGGCGAGAUCAUCAAGCCGUCGGGCAAAUUCCCUAAGCCCACCAAGAUCCCCGGCAAGAACUACUCCAAGGACGAAGUCGUCAUUAGAAAUGCCGACUCUGGAAAAGUGAUGGGUAUCAAGGGCAGGAGGGUGCACAUGAUCGAGGAGCUAAGUGACACGAUUAUAUCGUUUCAGCGAGUGAGUCCCGGUGCGAAGGAGCGUCUCGUCCAGAUCACUGGGCCCAACGAGGAAAACGUGAACCACGCCAAGCACCUGAUCGGCGACACCAUCCGCCGCAACGCGUCGCCCGUGCGGCUGGACGGCGCGCUGGACGCGCUGCCCGGCGCCGCGCUGGCCGGCUCGCGCGCCUCGCUCGACUCCAACGGAUCCGACGACGCGCCGCGCGCCCGAGAGAAAUCCCCGCACAAUGCCCGGGCUCUAUUGCAUAGUUACUCUACGAACGAUGCCGCAUUGGGAGAGUAUAAGUACACUGUGACUUUUGGACAACAUUCCAUUAGGAUCACGGGCCUUAAUUUGGAUCUUGUAAAGACUGCGAAGCUAGUGCUAGACGAGUACUUCGAGAGUGCGGGCGCGCUGGAGGCGAUGGGCGCGGGGUCGGGCGACUUCUUCACUCUGUCGCAGCGCCCCGCCGCCGCGCUACUGCUGCGGGACGACGCCGCGCUCAACGGCGCCGACGAUGACGUCUUCCUCAACGACGACAACGCCGCGUGCGGGGGGGAGGACGCCACGCCGCGCCGCCCGCGGUUCUCGCGCGCCACCAGCAUUGACAAGAAGGAAGGCGCGGCGAGCGGGGCGCGGCAGACGUACUCGUACGAGACGCUGGUCCAGUACGCGGACUCGCCGCUGAGCAAGCUGCCGCCGAGCGGGCUGGCCGCGUUCCCGGCCGAGCUGGCGCGCAAGAGUUGCCUGGACUUCGACAGCGCCAGCUACUUGAAGAAGGUCCGCGCGGCGGGCGGCACGACGGUGGCGGCGGUAGACGCGCCCGACUCGCCUGAGCCCGAGUAACUUGCGCCCGGACGUUCGCUCGCCGCACCCACACUGCACACUACUACAAAAUUGUUUAACGUAACGAUGUAUAGCUAACGUAGGCACGACUGACACGGUCCGCACGGCGAGCGAACUACUAGCACUUCCCGGCAGCUUGUGACCGGAGGCCGCUACGGACGAGCGCCGGCUUCUAUUGAGGCGACGGCACGGGCCGUCCGAUGUGUCCGUCCUUACGACUCUUUUAUUUUAGCGAGCUUCACUCUUAUCUAAUUUAGCAGACUUAUCUUAAAAGUAUUAGCACACCAAAAUAUUUAUUUUUAUAGUGGUGGGUAUACCGUACCUCAUUUUUGUGAAUAUUUAUUACAUAAAUUAGCUGUGGAUCUGACUACAUACGAAUAAUGUGAUAAAAAGAUAAAAAUGCA